UUCAGUAGCACAGGGCCCUCUUCUUCGUCGUUUCAGACUCACGAACAACCAGCACCAAUCGAGUAGCGACCUCGAUGGCGGAGUUCCAGGCGAAGAACGAUGACCAAUCUCCGGCGAUGGGUUCCAGACGGUGGCGAUCUUCCAGGCAACGGGCGGCCCCAGUGACGGAUUCCGGCGACACUCUUCCAGGUGGACGAGUUCGGUUCCAGCAACGAGCGGUCCUCGGCACGAACCCUCAGACGGCGGUGGAUGGCGUCAGAUGGCGAUGGCGGGCGGCAGAUUUCAAUCUCCGACGAAUCAGCUUCCAAGGUCAGCGAAUCUAUCUCCAGAGACUUCCGGCGAGCAGGUCAGGCGAAGCUUCAGGGACCUUCGGCGGCUUGAGCUUGAGCUUCUGACAAGCUCGAGCAGAGGCCAGGAGAAAGUCAGUAAGCUCGUGCGAACGACCAG